GAUGGAGGGCUGCUCCUCAGUAAACAUGAGCAAGAAACUAAGUCUCCUUGAGCCUGUUUUCCUUCUGAAGACUUCAAUGGAAAUGUUAAUAAGGGGGGAAUAGUUUAGCUAAGAAGAGAGGAUAAGAUGGUAAGUAUAAAAAAAAGAAAAUCAGAGUAACAGUCCUUACACGAAUGCCUCCAUCUGGUGCCAGCGGGUGUGGCUGUGGGUGUAUGGCUGACUCCGCAUGCCAGACUGUUCCCGUCUUCACACCGGGAACCCUGGAGUUCUGUGUUCACGUCUUCACACCGGGAACCCUGGAGUUCUGUGUUCACGUCUUCACACCGGGAACCCUGGAGUUCUGUGUUCCCGUCUUCACUCUGGGAACCCUGGAGUUCUGUGUUCCCAUCCUCACACUGAGAACCCUGGAAUUCUGUGUUCCCAUCUUCACUCUGGGAACCCUGGAGUUCUGUAUUUCCAUUUUCACACUGGGAACCCUGGAAUUCUGUAUUCCCAUCUUCACUCUGAGAACCCUGGAGUUCUAUACAAUCUAAAUGUCUAACACAGCAUUGCUUUGUGCCUCUUCUUAAAGUUCACUGUGGCCAGAAGGGUCCUGUGAGGAUGUGGAGUUGGUAGGAGUGAGGGACCCUGUUUGAAAAGUAAAGUUGACUCAUUUUGCCCAGCUCUCAAAUGACAAUUUGGUCCUUUGGUAAUGUCCCCUCCUUGAGCUGUCUGGCCAUUCUGUAGAUCCUCUGCCAAUGAGAAUCAUCCAGAACUUUGAGUUGAGGUGUGUCGGUUGGGGUAUGGGGAAAUGGCUUCCAAGAGGAGAAUGUGGUUUAAGCCAGAAAACACUCAACCAGCUAAUACUGUUCCCCUCCUGCCCAGGGCCAGGGCUUCAUGUGGAUUCAGGAGUAUUUACUUAUCCACAAGAUCAGCAAGGAGGCUGGAUUCAGAUCUCUGAGUCAGAUCAACUUCAGAAUCCACAGGAGGUGAAUCAGGCCAUUGCAGUUACAUCACCCUUGGAUCUGGAAUUUCUGGUCUGAACCUGCCUGUUUGAGAGUUGAUUCACCUUGGUAGAUGUCAUUUCAGCCUCCAGCUGUAUGUUUGGGGCAAGACAGUGGUGAUCACCUGAUUGUUUGAGAUAGGGGUCUCAUCUUGUCCCUCGAGCUGGUGUCAUAUGGCUGAGUUCAAGUCAGCCUCCUGACUCAGAAUGCUAUAUGCUGGGGUUCCAUGUACCACCACCUCUAGAUCUAGGAAAGUGUUGUGGUUAAAGAGAUGAAAGGGAUCUCCCAACAGUUCAGUCUCCUAGAAACUUCUUUUCCCAGCGACUGCUCCUACCCAGCCACCUAGAUGAUUGUGGUCCACAGGGAAGGAGAUGAUACAGGCGCAGCUGCAGGCUCCCACUCAUGGUCAUGAACACUUUAAAGCCUUUGCCUCUGGCCGUUUAAGGUCGGGGAGGCCCGCCUCUCUCCUGUCCUUAUUUAUACUGCCUGGCCAUGUCCCUGCCUCUGCCUGAAUCACCAGGCACUUCCAUCAGGAAGGGAGUCAUGAAGUGAAUCUUCCCAGGGUAGGGGUGACUUUGAGCAUAGUACAUUCAGAGUGUGCAGCAGGCCCUUUGUGUUGAGGGAAUAACAGGGAGGCCAAAAGAGAUAAAAUGUCUCGGAGUCUCCAUGAAACCCUGAACCAGAGAUUUCCGUACUUCUCCUCAAGAGCUGUGGGGAAAUUGGAACUUGGAGAAGGAAUAGUGUGAGGAUUUCUGGCAGCUAGAGGAGGUUAGCCCUGAUUCUGUCACCUCCUAACUUCUGCUAAUGCAGACUAGUUGGAAACAGGAAUGCCUCGGCUCUUGCCCUACCCACUAAACAGGACCAUGGCAAGGGGUGAGGGUGGUGUGAGGCUCUUGGUGUCUGCUUUCCACAACUAGCUCAGUUAGGCAGGGCCUGGGUUGGGGACCAGAGUGCUAAGCAGGACCCCAAGAUUCUCUUGGAAAGGGACCAACUUGCCUCUUGCCUGGGGAAAGCAGGCACCACUCAUUUCCUGGAGCACUUCCAACCCCACCUCCAGCCUGUGGCCACCCAGUACAAGUCCUCAGCACAGGCUUGCUCCACCCUCCCCAUCCUGUGCUGCCUGCCAGACCUGAGCUACAGUGAGUGUAGCCAGAGAGAGGGUGGCUCAGGAGAGCAGGCACUCUCUCUGCUGGGACCCGGGCUGCUGGCCAUGCCCGGGACCCUCUGGCAAAAGUGGCUGGCAGGCAAGGGACUGCCCCUUCUUGGAGCAGUGCUGCUGCGGAAGAGAGAGAAGAGGGGACCGCAAUGGAGGCAUUGGCAGCGAGAAACCCACCCAUAUUACGACCUUCAGGUGAAAGUGCUGAGGGCCAGAAACAUCCAGCACACCGAUCUGUUGUCCAAAGCUGACUGCUAUGUCCAACUGUGGCUGCCCACAGCUUCUCCUAGCCCCACCCAGACAAGGACAGUGACUAACUGUAGUGACCCAGAGUGGAAUGAGACCUUCUAUUAUCGGAUCCAUGGUGCUGUGAAGAAUGUCCUGGAGCUUACCCUUUGUGACAAGGAUGUCCUGGACAGUGACCAACUCUCCGUACUUCUGUUUGAUCUGAGUAAUCUCCAGCCUGGCCAGCCUCAUACACACAACUUCUCUCUGAACCAGCAGGAUUCACAAGAGCUGCAAGUGGCAUUUACUCUGGAAAAGAGUCAGAUGCCUGCAUCUGAAGUCAUCACCAAUGGGGUCCUGGUGGCUCAGCCCUGUCUGAGAAUCCAUGGCACACUCAAGGGAGACAAGACAGCCUCACUUGGGGAGCACGGCUUGAGGCAGAUCCAGCUGGCAGUGCCUGGGGCCUAUGAGAAGCCACAGCCAGUGUCUCUGCAGCAGACCACGGAGCCAGGCCUACCACCUACCUUCACCUUCCACGUCAACCCAAUGCUGAGCCCCAGACUACAUGUAGAGCUGCAAGAGAAGCUCCUGGUUCUGCAGAGUGGCCAGAAUGAUGAGCUGGAGGCUCAGACCAACAGGCUGAGCGAGACAGGCAUCUUGCUCUCCUCUCUGCCCCUCGGCCAGGAGGAACAGCACUUUGUGGUCCUGGAGGAGGGUCAGGAGGUGGCUCUGAGUGUGAAGGCGGAAAUGAGCUCUGGGGACUUAGACCUGCGCCUUGGCUUUGAGCUCUGCGAUGGGGAGCUGGAAUUUCUGGACAAGAGGAAGCAGGUUGUAUCCAAGGCCCUGCAGCGGGUGAUGGGAUUGCGCGAGGCUCUACACUGUGACCAGGUGCCUGUGAUCGCUGUGUUAGGCUCUGGGGGUGGAACCAGAGCCAUGACUUCCCUGUACGGCAGCCUGGCGGGGCUGCAGGAACUUGGCCUUCUGGAUGCUGUGACCUACCUGAGCGGGGUUUCUGGGUCUACCUGGUGCAUCUCUACACUCUACAAGGAUCCAUCCUGGUCCCAGAAAUCUUUGCAGGGCCCCAUUGGACGUGCCUCGGCUCGAGUCUGCAGCAGUAAGAUAGGAAUGCUGUCCGCAGAGAAGCUGCAGUACUACUCCCAGGAAAAGGAGGCCUGGGAGAGAAGAGGCCACAACAUGUCCCUCACGGACUUCUGGGGCCUCAUCGUUGAGUAUUUCCUGAACCAGGAGGAAAACCCUGCCAAGCUGUCAGACCAGCAAGAAAUAGUCAGCCAGGGUCAGAACCCUUACCCCAUCUAUGCCAGCAUCAAUGUCCACACAAACAUCAGUGGGGAAGACUUUGCAGAGUGGUGUGAGUUCACCCCCUAUGAGGUCGGUUUCCACAAGUAUGGGGCUUAUGUUCCCACCGAACUCUUUGGCUCCGAGUUCUUCAUGGGUCGGGUGCUGCAGCGCUGGCCAGAGCCCCGCAUCUGUUACCUGCAGGGCAUGUGGGGCAGUGCUUUCGCAGCCAGCCUAAGUGAGAUCUUCCGGAAGAUGGGAGGCUCGGGCCUGCGCCUCCUGGACUCCUACAAAGAGAGUGUCACUGUCACAGAUGACUGCCCAAAGUUCCGGUCGCAGGACCAGGACCCCACACGGCUGCGUACCAGGCUCUUCACCCCACACAGUCCCUUCUCUCAGGCUGUGCUGGACAUAUUCACCUCCCGCUUUACCUGUGCCCGGAACUUUAACUUUACCCAAGGCCUCUGCCUGCACAAGGACUAUGUGACUAGCAGGGAGUUCAUGGCCUGGAAAGGUGUGUGGUACCAUGUGGGAGGGGGGAACUACAGACACCCUGAUGCCUGCCCCAACCAGCUCACACCCAUGAAGGACUGCCUGUGCCUAGUAGACGGAGGCUUUGCCAUCAACUCGCCAUUCCCGCUGAUCCUGCAGCCCCGGCGGGCUGUGGACCUCAUUGUGUCCUUCGACUAUUCCUUGGAAGCCCCCUUUCAGGUCUUACAGCUGACGGAGAAGUACUGCCUGGACCGUGGAAUCCCCUUCCCCAGGAUUGAGGUGGGCCCCAAGGACUUUGAGAACCCCCGUGAGUGCUAUCUGUUCACCAAGGCUGAGGACCCCUGCUCGCCCAUUGUGCUGCAUUUCCCCCUUGUCAACAGGACCUUUCGCACACAUCUGGCCCCAGGUAUAGAACGACAAACAGCUGAGGAGAAGGCCUUUGGGGACUUCACCAUCAACGGGCCAGACACCCCCUAUGGAAUGAUGGACUUCACCUAUGAGCCCAAGGAGUUUGAUCGGUUGGUGACCCUGAGUCGAUACAACGUCCUGAACAACAUGGAGACUAUAAGGCAUGCCCUUCAGCUGGCUCUGGAUCGACGACAGGCUGGGGAAGGGGUUGGGGGCUGACCUGGUAGGAGUCAGAAGACUGUGGUAGAGAUGUGAUGGAGGGCCCUAGGCCAGGGCUUGCUGAGGGAGAAGACUUUAAGGAGCUUCUGUUUCCUACUUCUUCCUUGAGGUCUCCCAGGCCCCAAAGGUCUUGCCAGUGAGCUUGGAGCAGAACCUUCUCAUUCCCUAGAGAAGAUGGGACAGUCUAGCUCUCCAGGAGUGUUUGGAGACACUGGGCAGGAGAGGGCAGAUUCCAUAUUACAGUGGGGUGUACUGAGAACCAGGCAUCAGCCUCAUCAGAGGGCCCACCCCCUCCACAGAAGAGGAGGACCUCUGAAAACACCGUGGUUCUCAGCUUCACCACAGAGAGAGCUGUGGGCUGAGGAACCAGCUGUUCUCCUCAUACUGAGAUUAGAUGCAGAACCACAGCCACCCACACUUCCACAGUGGCCCAGCUCUGGUCCCCUCCAAAGCUCCUGAACUCAGUGAUGUCAAGAAUAAACAGGAGUUGUGUGGAUUGCCAGUCUGUGCCAUUGAAUCCAUGCCCUACUAAUUCUUCUCUGCAUUCUGGCCUCUCUGUCCUUCCUCAGAGGUCACCAGGCUCAUGGAGCUUAUGACAAGAUGGCCCACCCUGACAAGUGUGCACAGGACUUUACUCUUUGAACACAAACCA